AUGAUCGGCCUUAGGGGAAUCUGUUGUAAGACAGAUAUGAUUAGUGACCAGUGGACAGAAAGCAAUGAUACACAACCUCAACUGAUGUACAAAGAGAAUACUGUAGCACGCAGUUUGACUUUACAAAAGCAAUUAAGUCGCUAUACUCCUGUUUCUCUCAAUGCAGAGUUGACAGGGCUUACAGAUUCAGACAAAGAGGCUCUUGUUUUUAUUGUCAAGGCUGCAAGUGUUAUGGAUGAAAUUUUCUAUCUGCAGUCGUGGUACAGUAAUCCAGCUCUUAGAGAUUGGUUGAAGGAUCAUGCAGAUAAGUCAGAGUUAAAUAAGUUGAAAUGGUCCUAUUAUCAGAUAAACAAGAGCCCAUGGUCUUGCCUUGAUGAUGAUGAGGCAUUUUUGACAACUGCAGAUUCAGAAAUAAGGCUGCUCUCUAAAGCAACUAGGACAGUUAGUGAGUGGAAGGGUCUGGAAUACAGAGUAGCAUUUCCAAUCCUUAAACCUGCCGGUGCUAAUUUCUACCCCCCUGACAUGGACAAAAUGGAGUUCAAUUUAUGGAAUGACAGUCUAGAAAAGGAUCAACAGACAGAGGCAACAAGCUUUUUCACUGUCAUUAAAAGGCACAGUGAACUUAUUUUAGAUUCUGGUCUGUCCAAUGAUAAAGUAGCUUCUUCUAAGGAUCUGUACAUAGUUCCUUAUUCUCAAGAGUACAAGUCUCUUCUUGCAAAAGCUGCUAAAUUAUUGCAUAAAGCUGGAGACAUUACCAACUCAACAAGUUUGAAGAAGCUACUACAUAGCAAGGCUGAUGCUUUCCUUUCAAAUGAUUAUUAUGAGUCUGACAUCGCCUGGAUGAAAUUGGUUAGUCAAUACUGUCCAUCUUACUUUUAUGAUCCAAAAAAUAGUUGUCAAGCUGGUGAGAUUAAUGUUCUUACAUUUGUCCUUAUUCACGUAGUCAUACAUGACAUGGAAACACUACACCGCCUAAUAAAUUUUACCAACCUAUGA